AUCAGUCAACCCACUGACUGUAAAAUGUUGCUCAACGAGUAAAUUCCAGCGGCAACUGCAAUUGGUUUAAAGAGCCACUCCGAUGUUACGAAGUUGAUUUGUAUGCCGGCAAGGUACUGACGCAAGUGGGACUAUGAUUUUCAAAGCCUUGUUUUUCGUGCUCGUUGGCGCCACCCUAGUUCUGGGUAAGCCAGUGUUCCGGAACUUGGAAACUGCUACGAAGAAAGAAGCUCGUGACAUCAUUGAAAUAGACGAAACUAACAACCAAGGACCCGGGAUCGUUGUUCCAGAGCCUCAACCGGAUACGGAUGACCAGAAUGAGCUUCCGUCUGGAGGAUUCAGCACCGUACCGCCUACAGCCGAGCCUACAGUAGGCGAAGAAGAGCUUCCAGAAGAUCUGACCGCUAGGCCGACAGCCACAUUCGAGCCCCCAGUAGGCGAGGAAGAACUCCCGGAAGAUAAUGCAGGGGAGAAAGAGGAGACCGUUCACGAUAAAGUUGAGAAGUGGAUCGGUGGCGUAGAGGAAAAAGUGAAGGAACACUUUGAAGGUAAGAAGGAAAUCGUCAAAGACACUUGGGACAGUCUCAAGGGCGCGUGGAACAGAUGGCACUUGUUUUAAUAAAAUAAAUAAAGCUCGUCAUUGAA